AUGAUGCCCUAUCGUGUAUCGUCCUUAUUUCAACAAUCAUUACUAGGAACAAUGGAUAAUUAUAAUCCUUAUUUUUCUUCUUCUCCCGCAUACAAUAUUCAAAAUGAAAAUUUAUCCAAAGUCGAAUUAUUUGAUUAUUCUCAUCCGAAUAAUAAUAAUAACAAUAAUAAUAAUAACUACUGGACAACACACAAUUUGUUAUCAAAUGUUUCUUCGACAUCAUCCAAUCUUAUACCAUCAGCGACAACAACUUCCUCUACGUUAACAAAUAAUCAAAGACCACAUCAAUCGAUUCGUACACCACCACCAUGUUUAACAGACAAAUUAAACGAAACACAUUUAUCUCAAACAAACACAACAAAUAUAUCCGCACUUCAUCAUCAUACACAUUUACAUCAACAUUUGUAUUCUGCUAAUAAUCAUCGUUCAUCGAUUACCGAUCUUGAUAUGAAUCCAAAUUGGAAUAAUCUAAAUGGUGGCAGUGGAGACUAUCAUCAUAUGACUACACCCUCGUUUCGUCAAUAUUCAACAUCGUCUUGCCUCUAUCCUAACAAUAUUUAUGGUGAACAUCAGUGUCCAAUCAAAUUUGAAAUUGAAUACAAUCCUCGAUCAACAACAUCCUCUGCUUAUUCGCAUGUUCCAACAGAUCAACUUCGUCUACCACAAGAUUUACAAAAUAUUUGUAAAAGUGAACAAUUAUUAACAACGAAUCUCGACUCAACAUCAGCUGAUAUUUAUACAAAUGGUCCAUGUAUUUCACAACCACAACCACACCGACAACAAAAACAACAAUUUGAGUGGUUAAAAUCACAUCAUCCACAAAAACAGCAUGUCCAAAACGGUAAGAAAACUAGUAAGGUCAAUUUUUUAUUUCAAUUACGAAACGUUUUGUUUAUUUAUUAA